AACGACCACAUGUUCCAGUACCGCGGCUGUUGGGUGGUUUGCGUUGUUUGCAUUACUCGCUCACGGGUUAUUCAUAACAAAUUCCCUUUCCCACACUCCUCACACCAAUAAUCCAAAUCCCCAAUACGGCGCUUCGCGGCAUGCCGUUUGCUGCCUUAAAUCCGUUCGCAGCAUAAACGUGCGUGCGGCGCGCAAUUCAACACCGCUCGAAUUCCAACGGCAAAAGUGCGUCCGGCUCAAUUCAGCCAUUCUAACAGGUUUUUAAAUUAAUUUGCAGCACGCAUAGCGCGCAUUUUUAAACGAAAUUAGGUUAGCCGUGCAUACGACAACUUUAAAAGUAUUCAGAACAAAGUGAUGCAAUAAGCAAGCACGUUUUCAAUCCGUUCAACGAAUCGAUCGGUGUGAGUUGUGCGACUUGGGGUUUAAAAAUGACGAAUCCAAGUGAAUUAGAUUUGCCUUCGCCGUCUGGUGACAUGCUAUGUCCUAAAGAUAACAACCCUUCUAUAAAUGGCGAUGCCUGCAAUGCGAGUGACAAUAAAGUUCGAAUGAAGAAGGAGCUGGGGCUGUUGGAGGGUGUUGCUAUCAUCUUGGGCAUUAUAUUUGGCUCGGGAAUUUUCAUAUCACCGAAAGGAGUAAUUCAAGAAGUCGAAUCAGUCGGACUAUCAUUGGUUGUGUGGGUGCUCUGUGGUUUUCUCUCAACGAUCGGAGCCCUAUGCUAUGCUGAAUUGGGUACAAGUAUUCCCAAAUCAGGCGGCGAUUACGCCUACAUUUACGAAGCCUUCGGCGAACUUCCGGCAUUUUUAUACCUAUGGGCCGCCAAUUUGAUAUUUGUGCCCACGACCAACGCCAUCAUGGGUCUUACCUUUGCAAAAUACGUCAUCCAGCCGUUUUUCCCACAAUGUGCACUUCCUGGACUGGGUGCGACUUUAGUAGCGGCUGCGACAAUAUGUUUUUUAUCGUUUUUAAACGGCUAUAAUGUCCGAGCCACCACACGUUUACAAAACAUAUUCAUGGUGUGCAAAGUCGGCGCGCUGUGCCUGGUUAUUUUGAUCGGUGUGGUGUGGAUGGGUUUGGGGCAUGUGGAUAACUUCGAUCGGCCAUUUGAAGGCACUACAAGUAAUCCUGGAAAGGUGGCCAAGGCGGUAGUCUCAGGUUUCUUCUCGUAUUCGGGCUGGAACUAUUUGAAUUUUAUGACUGAAGAAUUGCGAAAUCCGUAUGUGAAUCUUCCGCGAGCUAUUUAUAUUUCUCUGCCGUUGGUGACGAGUAUUUAUGUACUGGCGAACAUGGCUUAUUUGGGUGUCUUAACGCCUGAACAAAUGCUUGCAUCGGAUGCCAUCGCAGUGACUUUCGGUGAUCGUGUUUUGGGCACUUGGUCUUGGAUUAUUCCACUGCUUGUGGCGAUAUCAGCGUUUGGUGGGCUGAGUGUUCAUGUGAUGGCUUCGUCUAGAAUGUUAUAUGUUGGCGCUAGGAAUGGACAGUUUCCGGAAUUCUUGUCACAUUUGUCUAUGGAUAGACUUACACCGACACCAUCUUUAUUUUUUCUUAGUGUGUUAUCGUUAUUCAUGCUAUUAACCAGCGAUAUCCACCAGUUGAUUACGUAUUGCACGAUUGUGGAAACCGGCUUCGUUUUGCUGUCGGUCGCCGGCAUGAUUUACCUGCGCUGGAAACGACCGAACAUGAUGCGCCCCAUUCGUGUACAUCUCGGCCUGCCUAUCCUCUUCAUCCUACUUUGUGUCUUCCUCAUCAUUAUGACAUGUCUGGAUGCCCCGUUUGAGGUACUCAUGGGUAUUCUCAUCACUUUAACUGGUGUACCCGCAUAUUAUUGCGGCAUCGUAUGGAAGAGCAAACCCAAAGUGUUUAGGAAUAUGAUGCGUGAAUGGACCAAGCUCUCACAGAAAAUCUUCUUCGCCGCUCAUGAGGACAAGGAUUUUGAUGAAUAAUGAAACGAAGCGUUUUCACUGUGAUCGAUUUUUCUAUAUAUCGACUUGAAUACUUAAAUUUAAAAUUCGAUGUUAGCGUUUUCGAUGCAUUUUCGCAUCAUAAGUAUUAUUUUUUGCGUUCGCGUUUUUUAAAGCUUAUUUUACCAAAAACAAUCUCAGUGCUACGAAUCCUCAUUGAUGCCAAAAAUUAUGUAUUAUUUUAGUAUUUUUAAAUUAACAAGUUACCAAUGUUAUGUUAAACCUCGUUUUUAAAUGUUAACUGACUUUUGAUUGGAAUUUUAUGAUCGGAUGGAGGCUAUUAUCUCAACAGUUCUAUUCAUGUAUAAUACACAGCUAAAUUAUGUAUGUUGACGUUUUUCACAAAGUUACCACUGUUGGUUGAUUGUAUUUCAGGUGUAAUGAGUUGUUUUUAUGAAUAAAAACUUGAAUUUUACAGUA